AUUAAAAAUAAAUUAAAAAUAAAUUAAAAAUAAAGAAAAAAGUUAAGAUAGGGAAACAUUUCACAUACAGAUUAAAUAGGUUAAUUAGCUUCGUUUGACCAGUUGAUCCAUCACUUUUUCAGGUGAUAGCUGUGAUAUCAAUACUCUUUAUUGUGCUUUCAACGAUCGCAUUAACUCUCAACACCAUUCCUAGUAUGCAAGUGAAUGAUGAGAAAGGAAACUUUCAAGAUAAUCCGCAGCUUGCUAUGGUGGAGGCUGUAUGCAUCUCAUGGUUUACUCUUGAAUACAUGCUUAGGUUCAGUGCUUCACCGGAUAAGUGGAAAUUUUUCAAAGGCGGUCUUAACGUGAUUGAUUUGCUGGCAAUAUUGCCAUACUUUGUAUCACUAUUCUUGGUUGAAACCAACAAGAACGCGAACGAUCAGUUCCAAGAUGUGCGCAGGGUAGUACAGAUCUUUCGUAUAAUGCGGAUCCUGAGGAUCCUAAAGCUAGCUCGCCAUUCAACUGGGCUACAGAGUCUCGGCUUUACUUUACGUAACUCUUAUAAAGAGCUAGGUUUAUUGAUGCUUUUCCUGGCGAUGGGCGUCCUUAUAUUCUCGAGUCUUGCUUAUUUCGCUGAGAAAGAGGAGCCUGGGACCAAAUUUAUAAGCAUUCCAGAGACUUUCUGGUGGGCAGGCAUCACAAUGACCACCGUCGGAUACGGCGACAUCUACCCCACGACCCCGCUCGGCAAAGUGAUCGGCAGUGUGUGUUGUAUAUGUGGUGUCCUGGUAAUCGCGUUGCCCAUUCCCAUUAUCGUCAACAAUUUCGCCGAAUUCUACAAGAAUCAGAUGAGACGAGAGAAAGCCAUCAAGAGACGAGAAGCCCUUGAGAGGGCCAAACGAGAGGGCAGCAUCGUGUCUUUUCAUCACAUCAACUUGAGAGAUGCCUUUGCCAAGAGUAUGGAUCUCAUCGACGUCAUCGUCGAUACUGGUAAGCGACGGAUUAAUGAGCACAGAGGGUGCAAUCUGCAAUCGGUGUUGCGCUACGAUGUUUUGUAUUUAUGAAACAAAUUAAAGAUCUUGAUAUAAAAUCAUCAUUUUAGAUUUA